CGCACGGUGCAUCGCAUUUCCGACGACUCGGGCACGACGCGAUGGCCGUACGACUGGAGCACAUCCAGGAAUGGAUCGCGUCCACAGUCAACACUCGCAUGGACGGAGACCUCCUCAACCUCCUCAAGGACGGACAGAUCCUAUGUAAGCUCGCCAACUCCCUCAACGCGUCGAUCCGAAUCAACAAACUCAAGACAACGUUCCACUCCAAAGAAAACAUCACUGCGUUCCUGCACUGGGCGCAUCGCAUGGAAGUUCCCGAGCAAGAUAUGUUUACCGCCGACGACCUCCUCUGGGGAAAAGACGUGUCGAUUGUUCUCCGCACGCUCUCCGCCUUGUACAACAUGUUUGCCGAGGAAAUCCGAGCGUCGAUCCAGUAUACUCCAAGUAUGUGCCAGAGCCAAGCAUCGUAUCGCUCCAACAGUGUCGCGUCCGACGGAUGGUCGAGCGACGACUCUGGCCUGGGAGACCUUCACGACGACAGCGCGGACGAGGAAGUUACCGACAUCGCCGAAAGCAUCUUUGUUCGAGCGAACCGGUCGUCGUCCAAGUUCGAUGCGUUCAUGAAUCAAAUUCCCCUUGCGAACUCUCCUCCAAAGAGUAAGAUGGCCGCAUUCUUGGCCAAGACACCCGUCACUGCACCUGUCGUGAUUCCCGCGCCAUCGUCGCGGAAUCAGUCGGUGGAUUCGAACCGCCCUCCGUCCAGGAGACAGUCUGUCGAAUCACGGACGGACAGGAGGCCAUCCAUUGCCGACGCUCCGCCGUCACCCAUACACUAUCACAUGUCAAAACCUCGAGGACCUCCCAAGAGUUGCGCUCGAAGCCCAAUUCGAGCCAAUGCGUCCACUCCGCCGCCGCCCCAGCCGAAAGCUCCCGAACUGGUUGCAUCGAAGCCGGGUCUCCUCCCAAAGUCCGCCGACCCCCGCGCCAAUCUUGCGAAAUUGCUCAUGCAAAAUGCGCCAGUCAAGGCGAGAGUGCCAGAUGACGACGACGACAUGAUGACCCCACCGUCCUCGCCAAAAGUUCACACUUCUCUUCAGACACCUAAAUCGACCACCCCACCAGUUGUUGAGCAGGUGAAACCCGCGCCGAUCUCGUUGACACCUGCAUCAGUUCCUUCCACAGCAAAGACAGUAACCACAGCAAUGCCAACUCCAGCGGCACCAGCUGUGCCCAAACUUACUCCGAUUGCUCUGAAGCCAACUCCGAUCUCUACCCCUCCGAAAGAAGCUCCAAUCCCAAAGGCCACCCCUUUACCCGCUGCGCAGGUUGCAGCCAAACCCGUCAAUAAACUGGCUGGCUUUUUAGCAAAAGUGCCGAGCACCGCUCCCGCCGCGGCCCCCUCGGCUGCCCCGGUGUCGAAACUGAUGGCAUUCAUGUCUUCGACGUCCUCGACCUCCUUCAACCCUUCCAAGCUCCGGCCCCCGUCAACAGUUCCAACGAUGGCCCAGCCAGUGAAAAAGUCCAAGCCAGUCUUUCGCUGUGCUCGCUCCACCGGUUCCUUCAACUGGGUACGCGAACGUCGCACAUAUGCUCCGUCCCACCGCCCCAAAUUUGAUAAAGAAGGCAAACGCCAGAAGUUCAUGGCCCUGCAAGCCGCGAUCAAAGCGGAACAGAAGGCUGCUGCCGCCCACGCGAAGAAGGGCAAGAACACCCCUGCGUGUGUUCCAGGCAUGCUGUGCUACAUCCCAGACGAGGCCGAGACGUGGGUACUGGCUGAAAUCGAGUCGGUCGACACUCGUCGCAAGCACGUUCGAGUGAAACUUGCACAUGACACGAGCAAUCGGACAAUCGACCUGAAAGACGCCGACGUGAUUCGCGCCAUCGGUGGCACGCAAGCGACCGAGAUCGACGCGCUUCCGCUCGCGAUCGCGCACCACGAGGGGGUCGAAGAUAUGCGGAAUCUGCGAUUCCUCAACGAACCGUCCAUUCUGUACAACCUCAAAAGUCGCUUCGAGGCUGCAAAGCCAUACACCUACACGAACGAGAUUGUCAUCGCCGUGAACCCAUAUCAAUGGCUCGGGGCGCUGUACGCUGACCAGCUGCAUGAAAAAUACCUUCAUCAGCCCAAAGAGUCGUUGCCGCCCCACGUUUACGCGACGUCGACCCGCGCGUACAAGCAGAUGAUGCAGCCGCUGGACAAGAUUCGGAACCAAAGCAUUCUAGUCAGUGGCGAAAGCGGAGCCGGGAAGACCGAAACGACAAAGAUUCUCAUGCACCACUUGGCUACGAUCGCUGGGGGCCGUCAAGACGCCACCAUCGCGCGUGUGAUUGAUGUGAAUCCAUUGCUCGAAUCGUUCGGGAAUGCCAAGACGUUGCGAAAUGACAACUCGUCUCGGUUUGGCAAAUUCACCCAGCUCCAGUUUGACCGCCAAGGACGACUCGAAGGCGGCCGGUGUGAAACGUACUUGUUGGAAAAGUCCCGCGUCGUAUCGUUUGCUGACGGCGAGCGCAACUACCACAUCUUUUACCAGCUUUUGUCAGGACUGUCGUGUGCCGAUCAAGCCAAGCUGCACCUGGACCCGGCACAUGCGUACCAUUACACGGGACACUUGAAAGACAUGCAGAUCGACGGCAUGGACGACGCCGCGUGGCUGAAGAAGACGGAGAAAGCUCUCGGUCUUAUCCACAUGGACGGCCCGUUGCAAUGGACGCUGUACUCGGUCUUGGCAGGUAUUUUACACUUGGGAGAAAUCACGUUCACUGCGACGAGCGACACGACGUCGGCGGUCGCCAAAGGCAACAACACGUUGGCACUUGUGUCUGAACUUCUCGGGCUCCCUACCGCCACGAUUGAAUUCGCAUUUUGCAACCGCACGAUCGCAUCCAAUCGCGAGUCGGUGACCGUCCCGCUCAACGCCGUGGAAGCUGCCGAGAACCGAGACGCACUUGCGAAGGCCAUCUACGCCAAUUUGUUUGAUUUUCUCGUCCAGCGCAUCAACACGGCGAUCGCGGUCGAGUUGGCGGCGACGCAGAUCGGCGUGCUCGACAUUUUUGGGUUCGAGGACUUUAAACACAACGGGUUUGAGCAAUUUUGCAUCAACUACGCCAACGAGAAGCUCCAGCAAAAGUUUGUCAAGGACGUGUUUUCGUCUGUGCAAGACGAGUACGUCCGGGAAGGGCUCGCAUGGGACCACAUUCAGUACGCCGACAACCAGGACAUUCUGAACCUGAUCGAAGGCAAGCUCGGGAUCAUCAACCUCAUGAACGACCACCUGCGCCAACCGCGAGGCACCGAGGAAGCGUUGGUGAAUAAGUUUCGCACGAACGCCAAAGACAGCCCGGUGAUUGCGUUUGCCAAGGUCAAGCGGACCCAGUUCACGAUCAAGCACUACGCCGGCGCGGUCACGUACGAAACAAUUGGGUUCAUGGAGAAGCACCGCGACGCGCUCAUGCCAGAUCUUCUCACGCUGGUUCAAGCGAGUUCAGUCUCGUUCGUCGUCGACCUGUUUCCGAACCCCGAAGACGAAGAGAUGUCGAAUUCAGGUACAAGUGCUUCUGCAGGCGAAGUUAUCCCGCCCAUUAUUCAAGCAUGGAACCUUCGUCGCAAAGGCGGUGCGACAGUAACCAAGUCCAAGGAUGAAGAAGUCGUCGAGAAAUCGUUCGGCGCUCGCCGGAAGGCUGUGCCUCCCAAAACACUCGGGCAGCAAUUCAAAACAUCCCUGUCCAAGCUCAUGGAAACGAUUGAAGCGACGCAUGUUCACUACGUCCGUUGUAUCAAGCCGAACGCGGUCAAGUCCCCCACCGAAUUCGACAAACCGAUGGUCGUGGCGCAGCUGCGGUCGGCCGGCGUGAUCGACGCCAUCCGCAUUUCCCGAGCCGGGUACCCCAGCCGUCUCUCUGCCCACGAACUCGCGACGCGGUACUCGCUCAUGUUUCCACCGUCGAUGGUGCAACCCACCAACGUCCAAGAUACGUGUGCAAAGGUCCUGGCCAAGAUGGGCUUCCACAUGCCGGUUGAGUAUCAAAUGGGCAAGACGCUUGUGUACUUCAAGGCGGGUGUCCUCGAGGAGCUCGAAACUCUCAAGUCCGACUUUGAAUAUGAGCAAGCCACAAUCAUCCAGAAGAUUGUCCUGGGGUUCCUGGCCAGGCGUCGGCUCGAUCGAAAACUACGGGCGGCUGUGACGCUGCAGGCAUUUGGCCGACGAGUGUUGGAGCAAAAUUUCCUCCACAACAUGCGCCACCGGAUUGUGUCGGUGCAAGUUGCGUUCCGCCACCGCAAACUCCACAAACAGUUUGUGGCAAAGCGAGCUGCAGCAGAGGCCGCGGCACUGGCCGAAGCUCAAGCUCAGGCCGCAGCUCGUCAAGCGCGGCAAGAGGAAGCGCAAUUGGCGAUGCAAAACAGAAAGCAACUGGUUUUGCCGCCCAAGUUGGACGACACCAACUGGGUCGAUACGUCCCCGCGGUCGAGCCACUCGACACCACUCACGUCGCCCGAAGCUGCCACGUCCGAAGAAAGCUUUGGAUGUGCGCUCACGCGAGCCAAACAAGCCGAGUCGGACGCAAAGCACCUCAUGCAACGUUCCGAUUCCAUGCUGGCCGCAAACAAGUCGUUUGAAGCGGAAGCGAUACGGCUCCGUGAGCAAGUGGACCUCUUGACCAAGGAAAACGAACGGCUGCGGCAGCUGCUCAAGGACCACAGGAUCCACCCGGAGACGGGCGCAUCCACGUCGUCGUCGGGCAAGUGGUUGUGAUGACGAUGAAAGCAACGUGCGCACUCGUCUCGAGCUCCUAUUUAAACACUAUUGCAUCUACCAUCUCGUGGGUCUUAUACUACUCGUGGCUCUUUCUCGA